AUGGAUCUCGGGAUCGCCGUCGCCGUGCCGAUCGGCACCUACGGGAGGAUCGCACCGCGAUCGGGUCUCGGUUGGAAGAAGGGCAUUGACAUUGGCGCCGGCGUCGUGGAUGCCGGUUAUCGUGGCGGUGUGAAAGCGCUCGUCUUCAACCACAACGAUGAGGACAUUGUCAUUGCCUCGGGCGAUUGCGUCGCUCAGCUCAUCCUGGAGUGCAUCGUGACGCCCGAGGUUGAGAUCGUGGAGGGCGAUCUGGACGCCACCGAUCGUGGCGCCAACGGAUUCGGUUCCACAAGCGUCGCCAAGAGACUCCGGGUCGAAACAUAA